CAAAUAUAGAGAUUUUACGCGAGAAAGAGCUUCUAAUUUUCUAUAUUAAGACUUCCUAUAUUUUCGGUUCACCCUUCAAACCUGUUUUAUUUGUAGGAGUCUUAUUCGUGAUAUCAAAGACGAAAAAUUCAGAUCGUACAAAGAAAGUAUGGUCUCAAAGAUGAUAAAGUACCUUGAGAACAGCAAUUGCAGAAGACGAGCUAUUUUGUCGCAUUUUGAAGCUUCUGAUGAUGUCGGUGGCCAAGAAGAAUGUUGUGAUGUCUGUCGUGGGAGAAUCCAGAGAUCAUCGUUAAUACCAUCAAGUGCUCCUCAGAUUGGACAGAAGUACGAUUUUGGAAAGGAAGUCUUAAUCUUAAUGCAAGCAAUCAUGACAAUGGGAAAUGGGAACUAUGGUGUCAAUACACCAAUUCUACUUUUACGAGGAUCGAAAAGUAGUGCUGUCCCAUCACGCUUUCAAAACAGCAAAUCUUUCGGAGCUGGCAGGUAAGAGCUUGAAACAUUUUUGUUGACUC